AUGGAGAGUCUUGUGGUAUCGUCCCAAGCAACCGGAGUUCAUAACGGAUUGCUACUCCAUAGCGAAUCGAAGCUAAAGAAGAGUCAUGCUGCUGGUUUUCCUCGAUCGGGUCCCUUGUUGCAUGGUCGAAGCUGGAAUCAGUCGACAAGGAUCAAAUCGAUCGAAGUCAGGUCCAUUUUAACACGAGAACCUGCAAAACAAGCAGGAGAAUCAUGCCAGCACGAAGAACUCAAGCCUGCAUGGCUCAACGAUAAGUACGCGGGUCUGGCAACCUGGAACUCGAUUCGAAGAGAAUCAUGGGAAGGAGAGCUGCCGGUUAUCCAAGGCCAAAUUCCUCUCUGGCUGAAGGGAACAUAUUUGCGAAAUGGACCUGGGAGAUUUGAGAUGGGAGAGCACCGAUUUGGUCAUCUCUUCGACGGAUAUUCUUGCUUGCUUCGGCUCUACUUCGAGAAUGGAAAACUUCAUGUCAAGCACGCACAGCUUCAAUCUGACGCUUACAAGAGUGCGAGAAAGAACCAGCAAGCAUGUUUCAGGGAGUUUUCAGUGGUACCAAAGCACGAAAACGUUUGGUCUUUGCUGGAAGACGUGGUUGGAAUGGCGAUGGGAACAACACUCACGGACAACGCCAAUACGGGCGUCAUAUGCUUGGGGGAUGGGCGAGUGGUUUGCAUCACCGAGACUGUGAAGUCGUCAACACAGAUCGAUCCAUGGACUCUGGACACUAUUGGAAGAUUUACAUACGACGACAAUCACAAGGGUCUUCUCCACUCAGGUCAUCCUUAUGUUACAGACAAGGAAUUCAUCACCGCCCUUCCAGACUUGAUCAAACCCGGAUAUGAUAUCGUGAGGAUGGAACCAGGAACAAACACAAGAAAACAUCUUGGCAGGGUGAAUUGCAAAGGUCCGGCUCCCGGAUGGAUCCAUUCCUUCGCUCUUACGGAGAAUUACAUUGUCAUCCCAGAAAUGGCGCUGAGAUACUCGACCAAAAAUCUCCUCAAGGCGGAGCCAUGUCCGUACUACAAAUUCGAGUAUAUGCCCGAGCACGGAUCGUAUUUGCAUGUCAUGGACAGGAAAUCGGGAAAAGUGGUAAACGUUGUGGAGGUUCCAAACUUUCUCAUGUUUCACUUCAUCAAUGCCUACGAGGAAACUGGCGAAGAUGGGAAGCCAAGAAUUGUGGCCGACUGCUGCGAACACUUGUCAAAUCCUAUCAUUCUCCGGAGAAUGGAGCUGGCAGAGCUUCGAUCGAAGGGGAAAGAAAUGCCAUACGCAAGGCUUGGGAGAUUUAAGAUACCAAUCUCUGGAGGGGGCAAAGGAACUCUAGAGAAUGCUGUGCCUCCGCAAGUUCAUGGGCACGGACUAGACAUGAACACCAUGAAUCCUCAUUAUUAUUCUCGUGACUAUCGCUACGUCUACGCAAAUGGGGCUCAUAGGCCUUGUCACUUUCCAAAUUCUCUGGUCAAAAUUGACAUCAAGGGCCAGAGUGCUAAGGAGUGGUACGAGCACGGGAGCAUUCCAACGGAGCCAAUGUUUGUUCCACGACCCGGCGCCACUGAAGAAGACGAUGGUGUGGCGAUAUCUAUUGUCAAUGAUGAUAAAGGUGACGGAUACGUGCUCCUCUUGGACGGGAAGAGCUUUGAAGAAGUUGCUCGAGCACCACUUCCCUAUGGACUCCCAUAUGGGAUCCAUGGAGCGUGGUUGGACCAAAGGUGAUACAUGUCUAUCGUAUCUACUUUGUUA